AUGGCACCAAAAACAGCCCCUUUCCCCGGCUUCACAGCCAUCAACGACCAAGUCUUCGUCCGCGACGGCGAGGAACUCGCAGAGGGCACGACGCGCCCUUCCGGCCAUCCGCGGGUCGUCAUCAUCUUCAGCUGGGGCGACGCCGUGCCAAAGCACGUUCUGAAAUACAUCGAGGGCUACAGCAAACUCUACCCGCACGCCAAACAGAUCUCCGUUCUCUCGCCUAUCGUUAAAGCCAUCUCCGAGAGCCUGCAACAGCGCGCCGUCAGCAUGGCCCCCGUCGUCGAGGCCGCCUACCCGCCCGAGGUCCUCGGCAACCCCGACGAGGACGCCGUUCUCACGCACGGCAUGUCCAACACGGGCGCUAUCAACUACGCCUCCGCCCUCAAGGCAUACCGCGACAGGUACAGCAAGCCGAUGCCUCACCGCCUCACCGUUUGGGACUCUACGCCAGGAAGCCCUUACAUGACCUGGGAGACGUUGAAGCGCUGGGCCAACGCGGCUGCGAUGGCCGUUGCGCCGUUCGUUCCGCUGCCGUACAUCGUUACGCAAACGAUUGUCGGCUUUCUCUUGGCGGUGCAUCGUGGCUACCAGCUCGCCACAGGCUCAGAACCAGCUCCCGUUUUUAGCAUGAAGGCGUGCAACGACAUCACGUAUGUGCCAAAGAACUUGCGCAGGUUGUACUUCUAUGGCAAGAGCGACAGGAUCAUCUCGUACACUGAGAUCGAGGAGAACAUCGCCGUAGGAGAGAAGGCGGGUUUUGAGCACAAGGCCGUGGUGUUUGAGGACAGCGACCACGUGGGACACAUGCGCAUGCACCCCGAGAAGUACUGGGCCUCGAUCCAAGAGUCUUGGAAAGACGUUGCAUGA